AUGUCGAGCUUAGAACUCGCCCUGCAGCGACUCUUGGCAGAGGCCCAUCCACGCAAGGAGCGCGACCUUGUCGAGGCCACCCAGGGUGCCCUCGAGCGCCUCAACGCCGCCAAGCUCGCCUCCGCCUCUAUCCCCAAACAGUCUGUCGACACCACCGCCCAGCCUUCGCUCGACGAACCCAGGGCACCCUCCACACCCGAACCCGUCCCUAUUAAGGCAUCAUCCUCUAUCGAAUUCGACUCGCUCGACGCUGAAGAGUACUGGGUCGUCUUCAAACUCGCAUGUGCCCCAUCUGUCUCCAGCAAGGUCAAGGUCCUCGCUCUCGAUGCACUCCACAAGCUCAUCGCCCACGGAAAACUCACUGGCAACACUCCCCUGACCUUGCCCCCGACCACCAGAACCACCCCCAUCCCUUCCUCUGCUGUCAACCGUCCAAAGUUCGCCGUCUUCAGCGAAGCCAACGACCUCAGCCAUAUCGACUGCUCCGACCCAACAGACCAUCUCGUCCCCAACCUGCCAGGAGCCAACACCGUUGGUCCCGAUCACUACCCCUCACCCCCACGGCUGAUUGACGAAAUCGUCCACACCGUUUGUAUGACCUACCGUGGGCCCGGAAGUGCCGAUGACAAUGUUCAGCUUCAAAUCAUCAAGAUUUUACUCACUCUGGUGACCACAUCAACGUGUGAAGUCCACCACGCCUCGCUCUUAAAGAUUAUCCAGACCAGCUGCAACAUCUUUUGCUGGGCAAAGUCGCCCAUCCUGCAGGCCACCGCCAAGGCAGGACUCACCCAAAUGGUCAACUUGGUCAUCUCAAAAAUGGAGACAGACGCCCACACUCUCAGGAACAUUGAGAAAACCCUCAGACGACAUUCAAUAGUGCUACAGCCUGCCACCUUGGAAGCCCAGGAUGACACAUUUGGACAGCCGGUCAAGAUUGAAACAGACAUCGAAGAGACCCAGGCUGAUGUUGAAGUUGAGGUGGUCGAGGUCGAGGUUGAGACAAGCACACAGACCCCAGCAGAUGAUCAGGAGAACAAGGACAACCAGGAUCAGGAAUUGCCACUGGAUAACGACAGCAACAACACUCCAGCAUCAACAUCUCCAAGCGACAUCCCAUUACCUGCAUCGCCUAUCCUUGAGAGAUCGCCUUCUUCUGUAUCAGCUGCUACUACCGCCGCACCACCUGUCCCUGCACCUGCCCAGCCUCAGGAACAGACUCCUCACGAGGCCGCCGUCGCCAAAUGUAGAGUUUCCCGCCAGGAUGCUUACCUCACGUUCCGACUCCUCUGCAAACUAUCGCUCAGAACUGAAAUCCUCAGUAACUCACAACAGGAGGAACUGUCUGUCCGUGGCCGCGCCUUGGUUCUCGAGCUCAUCUUAUCAAUGAUGAACAACUCUGGACCCGUCUUCCAAUCCGACGAGCUAUUUGUGAGCGCCGUCCGUCAAUACCUCUGCGUCUCCCUCUCGCAGAACGGAGUGUCAGCCAACGAGACUCUGUUCGAGUUCUCUCUCUCCCUCUUCCUGACUCUCCUGGGUUACUACCGCGCUCAGCUCAAGGCCGAGAUCGAGGUCCUGUUCAAUGAGUUCUACUUGAAGUUCUUGGACAUGUCGAACGCCACUUUGCGACAGAAGGAAAUGGUUCUCCAGGGCCUCCACAAGAUCUGUUCCAACCCUCAGUCUCUCGUCGAUAUCUACCUCAACUUUGACUGCGACUUUACGAUGGCCUCGAUCUUUGAGCACAUUGUCAACUCGCUGUCCCGCAUCGCUCAGGGUCGUGGAAAGGUCAAUGCUUCGGCCACUGUCGGAAACAUGAUGGGCAAGCAGCUUCUAUUGAAUGAGAAGGACGCGUGGGCGCUGAUUCAGGAUCGACGUCUUGCUGUGCAAGGGUUACGGUGCAUGGUCUCGGUUUUAGAUUCUCUCGUUGAUUGGUCCAAGGAUGUAGGAGCCGUUUCGACUUUGCCAGAGGCCAUCGCAUCUGCUGUCAACACGGUUACCAACGGUCACUCUGCCGAAGCUUCGGCUGAUUUUGGCUCUUCAAACGCACUUCCUAUGUCACCUCAGCAGGAUGCCAACCACAAUAACGACAAUGGAUCAGGAUCCAUUAUCUCGUCGCGGUCAUCGCACUCGGCAAACCAGUACAACAAAAUGUCGCAUCCCGUCAUUGUUUCCAAGAACCCUCUGCUCGCCAUGUCUAUGCGCACCCAACAAAGUACUAGCUCUAACAUGUCGUCAACCUCCGUCAACACCGUCGGAUCAGCUGAUUCCUUGGGAGACGACCAUCCAGCAGAGUUUGAGGAGAACAUGACCAGGAAGCGUCUCUUCCUGAAAGGUGUCAGUCUCUUCAACGCCAAACCUAUGAAGGGUAUCGACUUUUUCAUCAAGCAGGGCUUUGUUCAGGACGACCUCCAAGCUCUCGCCGCCUACCUGAUGACGACUCCUGGUCUGGACAAGGCUGCCAUCGGAGAGUACAUUGGUGAAGGCGACAAGAAGGCGAUCAAGGUCAUGCACGCGUUUGUGGACCGCCUCAACUUCACCGGUGUCGGAUUCGUCGAUGCCCUGCGCAUGUUCUUGCAGAAUUUCCGUCUCCCUGGAGAGUCGCAAAAGAUCGAUCGUUUGAUGGAGAAGUUUGCUGACCGGUAUUGCGACACCAACCCCAAAGUCUUCGCCAAUGCCGAACCCGCCUACAUUCUCGCCUUCUCCGUCAUUAUGCUCAAUACUGACCAGCACUCAGACAACGUCAAGCGCAGGAUGGAUGUCAAGGACUUCAUCAAGAACAACAGAGGCAUCAACGACAACGCCAACUUACCGGACGAGUACCUAACUGAGAUUUUCAACAACAUUUCCAACAACGAGAUUGUGCUGGAGGACGAGCAGGCCAGAGAGGCCUCCAAGGCGACCGCCUCCACUGUGAGCAACAACAAGCAACGUCAGGAACUGUACGACAUGGCCAUUUCUCAGAUGCAAAAGAACGCCCGUGCGCUCCUUACUGGCAACGAAGGACGUGUCAAGAGCACCGCCGCGUGGAGGAACGCCACCCAUGCGGAGCAUGUCAAGCCCAUGUUUGCCGUGGCCUGCUGGCCAGCCAUGGCGACCCUCAGUCUGGCAUUCGAGGAGGCGAUUGAUCCCAGCAUCUUUGCGAACAAGACAGAUCCCAAGACCCGCGAGUUCUCCGCAAUCAACGCCGAGGCGAUCGAGCUCUGCCUUCGCGGUAUCACCAACGCCAUCCGUAUCGCCAGCAUCUUUCACAUGGAGGUUGAGCGCGACGCUUUUAUCUCUUCUUUGGCCAAGUUGACUGGCAUGAACCACGUGAGCGAGAUGCAGCCCAAGAACGUCCUGGCCAUCCGCACCCUCCUCAAGGUCGCCAACACGAUGGGAGAGUAUCUCGAGGGUAACUGGAAUCUUGUUCUGAAGACUAUCAGCGCAAUGGAACAGCUUCAGCUGAUUCCGCAGGGCGGAAGGGUAUCGAACGAGGGUUUCAACGGAGUAGAUUAUCAGCAUACUGGAUCAGCAAACUCGCCCGGAAGCGUUCCCCAGACGCCUCAGGCCUCUUCCAGACGCAAGGUCGCGCUCUCGGCCAUGAUGAACGAGUUCCAGUCUCAAGACACCAUCAUUGCAAUCGACAAGAUUUUCGUCAACAGCACAUCGCUGAGUGGUGAUGCCGUUGUUCACCUUUUCAAGUCGAUUUGCGCCGUCUCACUGGAAGAAGUUGAUGGCUCACGCGGUGCCCCCCGCAUGUACAUGCUUCAGAGGAUUAUCGAGAUUGCUGACUACAACAUGGUCCGUAUCCGUUUCGAGUGGACCCAGAUCUGGCGUAUUCUUCAGUCGUAUUUCAACGCCGUCGGAUGCAGCUCUAACGCCAACGUGUCCACCUUUGCCAUUGACUCCUUGCGCCAGCUUGCGAUGAAGUUCUUGGCCCGCGACGAGUUGGCUCAUUUCAACACCCAGAACGAGCUCUUGAGGCCCUUCGAGCACAUCUACAAGAACAACCCUUCGGUUGCUAUCCACGACUUGAUCAUUCAGAGUCUUCGUCAGAUGAUCACCGCCCGCGCAAGCAACAUUCGUUCAGGAUGGAAGCCCAUGUUUGGAGUCUUUGGCCGCACAGCCACCCACGGUAACGGAGCCUUGGUCGAGAACGCGUUUGGAAUUGUCGAGAUGAUCUACGAGAACAGCUUCGAAGUGAUUGAGACCAGCUUUGUCGACUAUGUCAACUGUCUGGUCGAGUUUUGCUUCAACUAUGACGAGAAUGUGGUCAAUGGCGCGAUGGUCUUGCUCAGAAAGUGCGCUCGUGGACUCUGGCUCGAGGCAAAGGCAGCAGUUGGCACCAAGGACGACACCCCCCACCCUGAGAAGCAGUUGAUCCUCGAGGAGGGCAAGGCCAAGGAGACGGAGGCCGCCGUGGUGGAGGAGGACGAGGAUACCUUCUUCUUGAAGUGGUUCCCCAUCGUCUAUGGUCUCUCCCGUGUCGUUAUCGACUCUGACCUCCACACUGUCCGUUCCAAGGCUCUGGUCAGCUUGUUUGAGAUUUUGAACGGAUCGGGAGAGAUUUUCGAGUCGCAGUACUGGUCCAAGAUUUACCGUGUCGUCCUGAUGCCCAUCUUCGAGGACCUCAAGGACCCUGACUACAAGCGACGUGACUCGACGACUACAAUCUGGAUCCAGGCUCUUCGUUUGAUGAUCAACCUCUACUCUCGCCAAUACCACCAGGUGUUCUAUGCGCAGACAGAUUUCUUGAAGGGUCUUUUGGAGCUCAUCACACUGCUGGUCAGCAAGAAGAGCGAACACUUGGGUCAGAUGGGUAUCAUCUGCUUGAGCCAGUUGGUCACCAAAAACGGAUCCAUGUUUGACGAGGAGCGAUGGGAGCUCAUCACCGGGACACUCGAGACAAUCUUUGAGAUGACAACGCCACACGAGGUCAUGGUCGUGGAUACUGCCUCAAACACCCCUACCCAGCCUACCGAUGGAUCACCGGCCACCGAGACAACAGGAACCGCAGCCGCUGCGCCUGCGGCCAAGUUUGAUUUCCAGGAAACUGUCACCAAGUGCGCCAUCCACCUGGUGGCCAUCACGUUUGUCAAGGACAUGGCCCUUGUCGAUUUGUCACUCUGGCCUUCGUCCUCGUCGCCAUUCACAGGACACCAUGUUUCUGUCUCGCCCAACCCUGGUCAACCCGGACCUCACACUGACAAGGAAUCGACAUCGGGAUCACGCUCGUCAUCGUUCUCGGUGCCUUCGGGAACGGACCAUGCUGGAGCUCUUCAGGGACCUGCCAUCAAGCCUCGUUACUUGCAUAACAUGCCCACCGGCCUUCGUCAUCGCUGGCUGGAGUGUCUGCGCAAGUCUUACCGCUUUGUGAGAGCUUUCAACGACAACUAUGAGCUCCGUCAUUACCUCUACAAGUCGGGCCAGAUCCAGCAGUUGCCCAACAUGUUCAAGCAGGAAAACUUGGCAUUGACGACCUACGUCUCGGUCUUGUUUGAUUUCUACCGCCAGUUUGGAGAUGGAGAGGGCUAUGACGCAGAGGAUGAGAUCCAAGCAGUGUUGGAGCCCUUGGUUCAGGAAUCCAAGUUGAUCAUUGCGCGCUACCUGGGCAUGUUAAGCGAGCCCAACAGGUACCCCAAGGAUGUCAUUGUGAAUCAGUCUCAAUUGACAAUUAUGAUCCUGCGCGAGCUUCAGAGGACAUCCAUCUGGUGGCCCAACGCAGCCAUGACCUCAUCUGUCCCUGGCAGCGCAUCUCCUCAAUCGUCGUCCUCGUCGCUCUCUAACCGGGCAUCACCCGUGAUGUCGCCUUCGCCCACCGGUCACCAAGCUCAACAUACCAAUGGAAACAGCCAGCAACCCCACAUCCAUCACCCAUCGAGCUUGGAGUCUGACAAGCGAAAAUACCAGGGCCUCCGCAAGGAGCUCCCUGACUAUUUCCGAUUGGCCAUCCGCCUUAUUGGUGUUGAGCGUCAAGAUGUCCGUGUGGCCCUCCAGGAAUUCAUGGGCCGCGUUGGCGAGUUGUUGGUUUUGGAGUAG